UUACGUUCUUCGCCUCAGAAGUCUCCGUCCUCUCCGAAAUCUCCGACGCCCAAAUCCCCGUCUUCCAGAAAGAAAGAUGACUCUUUCCUGGGAAAACUUGGUGGAACUUUGGCAAGAAGGAAAAAGGCUAAAGAAGUGUCUGAGCUUCAGGAAGAGGGGAUAAAUGCCAUCAACCUUCCUCUCAGCCCUUCCCACUAUGAGCUGGACCCUGAGGACACCAUGCUAGAGGAGAAUGAAGUGCGCACCAUGGUGGACCCCAACUCCAAGAAUGACCGCAAACUGCAGGAGCUCAUGAAGGUGUUGAUUGACUGGAUAAAUGAUGUUCUUGUGGGGGAGAGGAUCAUUGUGAAGGAUCUGGCUGAAGAUCUGUAUGAUGGGCAGGUCCUGCAGAAACUAUUUGAAAAGCUGGAAGGUGAGAAACUGAACGUGGCAGAGGUGACCCAGUCAGAGAUCGCCCAGAAACAGAAGCUGCAGACUGUUUUGGAACGGAUCAAUGACUCACUUAAACUCUCCACCAGGAACAUCCGCUGGAAUGUUGACUCGGUUCAUGCUAAGAGUAUCGUUGCCAUCCUGCACCUGCUGGUGGCGCUGUCACAACACUUCAGAGCACCAAUCAGAUUGCCAGACCACGUUUCUAUUCAAGUAGUGGUCGUCCAGAAAAGAGAGGGCAUUCUUCAGUCCAGACAAAUCCAAGAGGAAAUCACUGGCAACACAGAGGCGUUCUCUGGCAGACAUGAGCGUGACGCUUUCGACACCCUGUUUGACCAUGCUCCAGAUAAACUGAAUGUUGUCAAAAAGGUCCACAACGUCUCCUUCUCUUUUGAACUGAUGCAGGAUGGAGGUCUGGAGAGACCAAAGCCCCGACCAGAGGAUAUAGUGAACUGUGACCUUAAAUCGACACUGCGCGUCCUCUACAACCUCUUCACCAGGUACCGGAACGUUGACUGAGCACCACGUAUAACAAGAGGGAACACUUUAUACUAUGGUCCACAUGAUAAAGCUUAACAAUAUGUUAUUCCUUCUAUUUGUUGUAGAAAUCUAUUUUUAUCUGAAUGCAUGCAUCACAUUUUGUCCCUGUACCAAACACAAAUCUUGUAUUUUUACUUUAUUUUUAUUCCAGCAGUGACAUUUGGCUUGUGUGCCACAAAAUGCUUGAUUUUUAAAAAAUUGUAAAUUGGGCAUUGCUAUACAGUCCUACAGACAUAUAUGAACUAAAUAAGAUAGCCAUUAACUAUUAAUGUUUAGUUAUGUCAGAGAGGUAAUUCUGUAAUGAUUUCUGUCACCCUGCAUUGAAAGCAUGAAGGGGAGAUUGAACAACGCUUGUAUCUUUUAAUCCAGAAAAGAAAAAGUUGAACUGUAUUUAUUGUACAUUUUGAUACACUUGGUCUUACUUUUCCAAGCUAUUUCAUUUUCUUCUUUCUCCUCUUGAUUAUGUCAUUCAUACGUAAGUGCCUUUAUUUAAACAUGUGAACACCGUACACAGUCCCAGUACUUAAUAUCGGGAUGCAUGUGCUCCCCAGUUGUCUUAACGCUCCACAUUUCCUUUGCAUGUGUGGAGGAACAUUUGAAAUAUUUGACCAAAGCUCUGUUGUAUUCACACUGUAAAACACAUAAAGGCUUUACUCAGCA